AUGAGUUGUCUGCAACUCACUCCCAAACCAUUUCUUCCCCGAACUCACCCAAAACUCAGAACGGCGGCGUUUCGACCGAACUCACACAGAUUCAGCGUUCAUCUCAAGCCCCCUUUACACUGUUUCUUCUCCAAAGUUUCCUGUUCAUUGAACUCGCCUUCAGAGAAAACCAAUGCAGAAAAGGCGGCGUUUAUUCAUUCCUCACAAAACGCCGACGUAUUAGUCGACUCAGAGACACAAAAUGAAUCCCUGAAUUUUGAAGUGAGAAUUCCCAGCGUUCCAGCUAAUAUAAUUCCAGCUCCCAAAUUGAGUUUGAGCGACAAAGCUUUCUUUCUACUGGCAUUCAUUGCUUGCACGACUUCCGUUGCAUUCACGAGCUUAGUAGUUGCUGCUGUUCCGACAUUAUAUGCAAUGGGAAGGGCUGCAAUCUCUCUUUCAAAAUUGGCUGAUACUGCUCGUGAGGAGCUCCCCAGCACAAUGGCUGCAAUCAGGCUUUCUGGCAUGGAAAUAAGUGAUCUCACUCUAGAAUUGAGUGACUUAAGCCAAGAAAUAGCAGAUGGGGUCAACAAAUCUGCUCAAGCAGUGCAAGCAGCAGAAGCUGGAAUUCGACAAAUAGGUUCCCUUGCUCGUCAACAGACAAUGUCGAUGAUUCAGGAGAGAGCAAACUUGCCAACUAUCUCACUGAAACCAGUUGUUACCGGGGCUGCAUCGAAGACUUCUCGUGCUGUCAGCCAAGCCACCAAGAGUAUCAUGAAUAUGAUAUCUGGAGGUGAGCACAACUCCGGGGAUGACAAUGGUAAUAAAGCGGAUAGUUAA